AUGAGUACUAAUACACCAACAACAAAUACACCCACUGUUUCAAGUGUUACAGGUGGAACACCAAUUAUGGUUGGUCAAUCAACAUUAUUAAAUUCUACAUCCACAACACAAAUGGUACCACAAUUAACAAUGAAUAAUCCAAAUUUAAUAUCAGCUGGAAUGACACCAAAUUUAACAUUAUCACCAAAUCCACAAUCUAUAAUAUCACCAAAUAAACCACCGAUUGCAUUGUCAUUUGGUAAACCACUACCAUUGCUAUCAUCAUUAUCAUCACCACCAUCAACACCAAAUAAACAAUCUUCAUUACUAAAUACACCGGUGCCCGUCACCCCACUCUCUAAAUUUAGUGGUUCAUCAUCCACACCCUAUAAAGCACGUACUGGUAAAUCAUUCUCAUCAUCACAAGGUACACAAUCAUCAUUACCACCACUUUUACAACAAUAUCAAAAUAAUAAACCAGAUGCAUUCCCUCACCAAUCUUUGUUAUCCUCUUCAAAUUUAGUUUUAUUAAAUAUUUCAAAACCAAAAAGAACCGCCUCACAACUGUAUCAAUUAGCCAAUAGUGAUAGUCCAACAUACGAUAUACAAUCAACAACUGUCGAAAAUAAUUCAAUUCUACCAGUUAAUAAAAUUCCAAAAUCUCCAAAUCCACCCAAAUGGUUUUCAUUCGAAGAGGUUAGUAGUUAUGAAAAACAAUCACUCCCAGAAUUUUUUAAUAGUAGUAGCAAAGAUAAAGCCGAAGAAAUCUAUAAAAAGAACAGAAACAUUCUAAUUGAAACAUAUCAAAAGAAUCCAUACCAAAACAUUUCAGUUACCGAUGCAAUUUCACUCACAUCAACCAAUGGAAAAGACAUCAGAUCACUUGUUAAACUGUAUGACUUCCUUGAAUACUGGGAUUUAAUUAAUUGUUUCCUUAGCAAUAAUAGUGGUUACUCUGCCAUAUUCAAUCCAAUUAUAUUUAGCCAAUGUUUUGACUACUAUCAAGAGUUUUAUAGAAAAAAGCAUAAAAAAGAAGAAUCAAUUGAUGAUAAUGAUCAAGAAAUGAAAGAAAAAGAAAAUAAUAAUAGUGAUGAUGAAGAGGAAGAAGAAGAGGAGGAGGAGGUUGAAGAGGAAGAAGAGGUGGUAGAAGAGAGUGAGGAGGUUCCAAAAGUCGAUGAUAAUAAAGAAACAACCGUUAAUAAGGAUGAAACUGCUGAAAAUAAGGUUGAGAACGAAGAUGAUAAGGUUAUGAAACAGGAUGAUGCUAAACCAAUGGAGGAAGACGACAAAACUAAAUCUCAAGAAAAACCAUUGGAAGAAAUUUCAACAGAUAAUAACGAUAAACAAGUUGAAGAAACCAAAUCGGUUGAAGAAGAAAAGAAAGAUAAUGCUACAUCGGUAGAGAAUAUGGAAGAAACCAAACCAAUCGAAGAGAAUAGUAAAGUUGAUGAAAAUAUUGAUACUGCUAAAGAUAAAGAAGAAAAAAUUAAUCCAAUCGAAGAAGAAAAUAAAAUACCAACAGAAAAUGAAACUAAACCAGUUGAAGAGGAAUCUAAACAAGUAUCAACACCAACAACAGCACCAACAACACCAACUCCCACAACUCCAACAACAGCACCAACAACACCAAGAGCACCAGCAGCAUCAAUACCAACAGGACCAACACCACAAACCCCAACAACUCCAACAGCAACAACACAAACUCCAACAGUAACAGCAACAGAAGAUAUUACAAUGGCUGAAGUUAAAGAAGGAGAUAAAUUAAUUGAACAAGAUAAAAAAUCUGAAGAUUCAAAAGAACAACAAGAGGGUGAAGGAAACAAAAAAGAAGAAAAAGGAGAUACCAUGAAUGAAAAUAAGGAAGAAACUGGUGAAAAAGAAGAAGACAAGGAAUCAACAAAUAAAGUUAAAAAGGUUAGAAAAGUUAAAAAAGUAAAGAAAGUGAAAAAACCAGUUAAAAAAGAUUUAGUAGAAAAGAAAAAACCAAGAUUUGUAUGUAAGAAAUGUAAAGUAGAUUGUUCAUUAGCAAGAUACCAACUUAUGGCCGGAUCGAUCACAAUCGAUGGAAAUUUAAUACCAGAAAUAUAUCACCCAAUGAUUUUAUGUGCAAAUUGUUAUAGUAGUGAAGGUAUUGAAAUUUUUAAAGAUAGUUGGAAUGAUAUUUCCGAAUAUAUGGGUGGCACCAAAAAUCCAGAUCAGUGUUUAAUGCAUUUCUUAAGACUUCCAAUUGAAGAUGACUAUUUAGAAAAAAAGAUUACAUCGUUUGCAAUAAAGUCGUUAACAACAAAAGAUAUAACAUCAAAUAAUCCAUUCUCUAGUUGUUAUGAAAUGGAUACUGUAAAGGAAAAUGAAGAAAAAGAUAAAGAACCCGAACAAAAAGACAAUUUAGAAAAAGAAAAAGAAGAGACAGAAAAAGAAAAUGAAAAAAAAGAAAUUGAAGAAAAUUUACCUCAACAAGAUAAUGAAUUAAAAGAAGGAAGUAAAUCAAUUGAAAAACCUGAAAAUACAACUAUUGCAACAUCAACAAAUGGUGAUACUAUAACAGAAAAUAUAAACACAAUCCCAGCUUCAACUUCAACAAUAACAGAUGAUAAUUCAAAUAAUCAGAACAAAUCAGAAGAUACAACUACAGCUUCAAUAGAAAAUAAUAUAGAUAAUAGUAAUACAAAUAAUAAUAAUAGCACAGAUAAUAAUAUAGAUAAAAAUAAUCCUGAAAUACCAACUGCACCAGUAAAAGAAAGCGAAAAUAAUAACUCUAUUGUUUCUCCAUCAACUGUAACACCAACCACAGUCAAUGAAUCAAAUGAAUUAUCAACAUCUAACGAAAAUACAGAUAAAAAGGAACCAAAUGAAAGCUCGACUGAAAAUAAAGAGACAGUUGAAAAUAAAGAGACAACUGAAAAUAAAGAGACAACUGAAAAUAAAGAAGCUACAUCAACACCAACAAUUGAAGAUAAAAAGGAAGAGCCAACAAAAGAAAAUAUGGAUCAGGAAAUGAAAGAAAAUAUUGAAGAUAAAAAAGAUGAAAAUAAGAUUGAAAACAAAGAUGAAAAUAAAGAAUUAGAAACUUCAAUAAAUGAAAAAGAAUUAGAUGAAGAAAUGAAAGAGGGUGAAGAUAAGGAUAAAGAAUUAGAUGAAGAAAUUGAACCAGAAAAACCACUUUUCUUAAUCCCAGCUAAACCAGCAAUUCAAGCAGCCACAGUUGCAGCAUUAGAAGCAAUAAGUUUAGAAACCAAAAAGUAUUACCAACAAGAGGAGCAAGAUAUAAGAGAUAAAAUUAGAACCAUUAUCAUUUUCCAAUUAAGAAAAAUUGAAGCUAUCAAUAAAGUUUAUAUACAAUACGAGCAAAAUUUAGAAAAAGAAAAAGAGUAUUAUGCAAGACAAUUUCCUCAAUAA